GCUUUAUUUUCUUUUCUGACUGUUUUGAAACAAUCGAAACAAUUAAUAAAAAAAACAAUUGAAAAAUAAGUAAAACAAGUGAAUAAAGUGAAUAUACAGCUUUUAAAAGUAAAUUCAAUCAACUUUUAAAAAAAUAGAAUUGUUUAUAUACCAACAAUGAGGAAAAAUCCAAAUAUUCUAGUAACAGGCACACCAGGUGUUGGAAAAAGUAAAUUAUCCGAAAAAUUAGCAACAAGAACAGAAUUAGAGUGGCUCGAUGUCAGUUCUUUAGCAAAACAAUACAAUUGUCUAGAGGAAUUCGAUGAACAAUAUCAAUGUCAAAUUUUAAACGAGGAAAAGUUACUCGAUAUUAUGGAGGGUCUAAUGGAGAAAGGAGGAAAAAUUGUUGAUUAUCACGGAGCAGAAUUUUUUCCAGAACGUUGGUUUGACAUUGUUUUUGUCUUGAGAACAGACAAUACAGUUCUCUAUGAUCGACUAGUUGCAAGAGGUUAUAAAGGGAAAAAAUUAGAGGACAAUAUAGAUUGUGAAAUAUUUCAAACUAUACUUGAGGAAGCUAAGGAAUCGUAUAAAGAGGAAAUAGUUUAUGAACUCACUAGUAAUACACCGGAUCAAAUGGAAAGCAACAUUAAUAGGAUAUGUCAGUGGAUUCAAAAGUGGAAAAUAGAUAACGAAGGAUCGUAAAAGUUAAAAAUUCUUUUUUCACUUUAUAUACAUUUCCAUUUAUUUUUUUCCUUGAAAGAUUUCAAAUUCUUGAAAUAACAUAAAAAUUCAUUAUCACAAUUUUGUUUUUUGUUUUUAUGAGAAUUUACUCAUAUACAUAAAACUCUGAAUGUUGUUACACUGAGA